AUGGCCGGAGACCACGGCAUGGUCGAGGACUACAGCGCGGCCGAGGACCUCGGUAUGGACGACCUACCACGGAAUUCAAACAGAGAGUCAAAUGUGGUCUCUACGCACAAUCAACUGCUAGACGCGCUCACUACCUUUCUGACCGUCACAACACACCAUAUUCUCUACCUGCGCCGGCUUUAUCCUCCAACCUCCUUCCUUUCCACUCGUGCGUACGACUAUCCCGUCCGCCAAAAUCGGCAUCCGAAAGUGUGUGCGUGGGUCAACGAUGCAAUGGCCGCGGUUCGUGAUCAGUUGCAGAAGGAUGUGGUCGAGAAGCUUUCACUCUGCGUAUAUGAGUGCAAGGCUAAUCGCGUUCUCGAACGCUGGACAUUCGAUCUUCGAUCAUUUCCUCAAGUUAUCAAACGCGAUGACAACAUCCCUAUCGAGCCAAAACCACCAAACGAGGAGGAGGAUGGUUACGACGACGAAGGCGACGACGAUGAUGGCGAUAUUCUGCUUGAGCAACUCAAUCUGGCUGACCUGGAAGCCCAUUUCCGUGCCACCUUGAGCCGAGUGGCCACCUCAGCAGCCCGACUCAUGCCAUUGCCAGAGGGGCCUGGGGCUCCUGAGUCCAGCUUUACCCUCGCUCUCGAGGUCAAGGACGAGGCUGACCGGCCUGUUGGUCGCAUGGAGAAAGAGGAGCGGAAGUGGAUUGCUGCGGAACCAGCGUCGGCUCUCAACCGUCCCAGUCCUUCGGUCCCUCCUCUAGAGCCACAGCAAAAUGAGCAGGUCCUAGACAAAUUAUCACCCAGAACGCACCCAGUACGCCUUUUGGAGGUCGGCGAGCUUCGGCUGGAAGUCUGGGUGGAAGAAUCUGCGGCUAAAUUUGAGUUUGAUCUUCCAAAAGCUGGGCCCAGCUCACACCUACCUCCAUAA